AUGAAAGAAAGUUGGAUAGAAAAGUACAAGUAUUUUGAAGAAAAGUGGCGCAAAAUUAGCAAAAGUAGCAGGGCGUGGGAUGAAGAUUUGGAUUUGGGAAAAUAUGAGUGUGUCGGUAUCACAUUUCAACCCGAUGUCUCUUCUCCAAUUCGGGUUGGUAACCGAUGUUCACAUUCAUCAAUCACCACUCAAACCAUCAAUGGAGGUGGACAAAAUCCAGUCUUUAAUGAAACCCUUCGGAUUAACGUUCCCAUGAUUGAAUAUUCUCUCAAGUGGGAGAUAUACAUGCUAAGUAGGGUGAGAAAUUAUCUUGAACAUCAAUUGCAUGGUUUUGCUUUGAUCCCUUUAUCUGAAAUCAUCAUCAAAAACGAAAAAUUGGAAAACGAUUUCACUUUAUCUUCCACCGAUCUCUUCCACUCGCCUUCUGGUUUCGUUCACUUAUUGUUAUCAUACACCGGAGCUUCAUCGGACGUGAUCGACAUCCUGCCGCCACUUCCAGUGAAAGGAGCUACUGCCGAUUCAGAAUUAGCCAAAUUCGACAAAAUCGAGUCCCCAGAUCCUAAAAUCGUAAAAGAAAACCACAUUAUGGUGUCAAAGUAUUUCGGUCUUAGUUUAGAGAGGUUGGUCUCAUCUGAUACUGAUGAUCGAUUUGAUGCACCGGUUUAA